GUGCGGUUUUUUUUUUGGUGCAGAUCGCGGAGUUGAGUCCAGAUUCGAGAGUAUUUGGCGACGACGUCGGGCAACGGUGUUGAUGCAUUUUUUUGUGUUUCACUAUUUUUGAAAAGCUUAUUGUUCGCGAAUCGGUAAUUAGUUUCCAAGUGCGUGCAUAUCGGGAUUGUGUUCGGCGUUUCCGGUCGUUCGUUUUGGUGUUUCGCGGCUUGCAGAUCUGUUUCCGGUCGUUUUUUGGGAGGUGUAAUUUUUUGUGAGUGUUUCUAACGUGGCUCUGUUUCGGAAUUUCUCGGGGCAAUAAUUUGGCUUUUGUUUACAUUUCUGGCAAAGAUAAAAGUGCGUUUAUCAGUGGAUGGGGAGGUCUUUUCUGGAAGCAAAUACAAGUAGAGCUAGUGCUAGUGCCUUUUGGAAAAUAUUGCCUAACUAUCGUAAAAUCUUGACUAAACAAAGUGCGAUUAUUUCACCCCACGAUAAAAGGGGUUAAACAUCAUCAAUAUCAGCACAUCACUCAUCACCAGAACCCGGAAGGGAGCGUCCAUAGAAUCGUUAACUUCAUCGGCAGUGCAACUCUGAGAAACGGUUCCGCUGGUUUGAUUCGAUUAACCACCUGUUAAUUCAAUAACUAUACAACAUUCGGUCUGUCGGCGAGCGGCGAUCCAUCGAAAGCAAGUCAGGAUAAUAUAUCAAAAGCAAUACAACAAAUACGCACAUUCUUUGACAAUAUUCUACGUAAUUGCCUUAUUGUAAGUAAAAGAAACCGAGUCGUAACAAUGCCAAUCCAAAUUGCCAACGAGAGCAACGCGAGUGCGGGUGCGGGAAACGAGAUCAAGGUGAAGAUCGCGUACAGCGGCGAGGUGAUGAUAACCUACAUCAACGAGAGCAUCAACUACGAGAGCAUCUGCCGGGAGAUACGGGAGAUCUGCCGCUUCCAGCCGGAUCAGGUGUUUACCAUGAAAUGGGUCGACGAGGAAAACGAUCCCUGUACGAUCCAAUCGGACCUGGAACUGGACGAAGCCAUCAGGCUGUACGAGGUCAAUCGCGACUCGGAGCUUGUCAUACACGGUGAGUCAUUGUUGUAUCUAGCCUGCAGACAGUGCCAAAAUCGUAAGUACCUUUUAAGUUAUACAGGUUGGUCUAUGUAGAGGUAUUCGAAGGAAACAGCUUCAAGAAUUCCGAGAACAGAGCAUAACAUCCAAGUAAUUACGAUCAGUUGAAAUAAAAGGAACCCCCCUCCGUUCUACAUUCCCCAAUACCCUUUUUGUACUAUUCGAUGACGACGGCAAACUUUAACAUCGAAACAGCAGCAGCAGCUACACAACAGAAAACUAAUAGAAAAAGGAAGAUUUCUCAGGAGUCGCCACCAUUACCCAUUUGCUCGUUUUAUUCUAGCGAAAUAAGGAAAACUUUUACUACACCUAGACUAGAGUAAAUAAAUGUGUAUAGCUGUCUACCCAUAGAAGAAUUGGUGCACGACAUUGCCUGAAGCUGGUAUGACAUUGUACUUCGACUGACUGUGUUUAUUCGAGCUAGUUGGGGAAAUUGAUCUUAACGGAUGUUUUAUCCUUUUUUUUCGCUUUUUAGGGGUGGUGGUUUCACGCGAGCCCUCUAAAUGGCUCCGUAGAAAAGAAGGGUGGGGGCAAGAAUUUUAUUGUUUGGAACAUUGAAUGGGAGGACAGAAGUAGAUAAAAUAAAACAAUCAUUGGAUGUUUUGUUCUCUUGUACGGGAAAGUUUCCGGCAUCUUGGAAAUGGCGAAGUUAAACAUCAGAAUUGAAUUAAAGAAGUUCUAAUGUUGAUUAAUGUCACCAGGAAGACAGUGGUGGAAAACAAAUUUAAUUUUGAUAUUAUGUCCCAAUAAUCAACAGCUUUUAUUGAAGUAUUUUGUUUUUAAUGUGAUGCCCUUGAAAAAGAUGUUAUUGGAUAACCGAAACGUUAAAAAUCAGAAAUCAUACAUUUAUGCUACAAUCGAACUGAAUGUUGGUUUCCGCCCAAAAAAUCCAGUACCCUAUAAUAAAGAUUAUUUAAAUUUGAUUUUUUUUUUCAUCGAAUCUAAACUUUAAAAGACAGUAAAAAGCUGUUUUCACUUUACUGCAAUCUAGCAGUUUCCAAUCCAUGAUUCGUUAAACUAUUCCUUUCAAACCGAGACGUCGAUUGAACCAGCGAUUCUCAUUAUCAACUUUUGUCCGUAACCCAAAGAGAAAACACAGGGAAUAGUUUUAAACUUCGAGUGAAACGAUACCCGCCUUUCUUUGUUGCUGUUUGCUAUGGGCGAAAUUCUUCGGAAAAGAAAUUUCCCAAAACGGCAACCAGCUGGUCCAGGACGCUUUUCCCUCUUCUUGUGAAAUUGUUCGAUGCAACAAUGUGUACCUAUCUUGGCCGGGGAAGGAAAUUUCGACCUGAACGGAUAGUUUACUUUGCUGACGUUUUUCGACGAAAAGGAAUUCGCAAGGUGAUUCAGCUGAACGGGUUUUCAUCUGUUAGCUAGUUUUACCGUUCCAGAAACAAGAAAACGAUCUGGCAGAACAACAAUUUCUAGAAACUAGUUUACAGUCGGUUGAGUGCCGAUAGUUUCUCGUUUAUCUACCGUCAGACUUUUUCAAGAAAAAAAAAUCAGAUCCAUCCAUUUUCAACAAUUUUUAAGCUAUAGUGAAAGUUUGUUUGUGUUUUAAUGUGAAUUUUAGCGGAUCUUGUAAAGCUUUGGACAAAUUUUAAGGGCCAGGAUACGUAUAAUGGGACAAAUGUUCCAUAAUUGAUUUUUUUUUAAUAAACAUAGAAAAAAAGAUAGAAAAAAAAGAUAAAAAAAAGA